UUAUUUUAAUCCUUUGCAGUCUUGGCAAAAAUGAACGGGUCGUUGCACUCCCGCCCAAGACUUGUGGAUAUAAAUCUGAACCGAGGACCCGCAGGUCUGGGGUUUAAUAUAAUCGGAGGCAUCGACCAACAAUUUGUCAGGAAUGACAAUGGCGUCUAUGUUAGUAAAAUUAAAGAAGGUGGAUCUGCAGCACUAGAUGGACGACUCGAAGAGGGAGACAAGAUUCUUGCGAUUAACGGAGUCUCGCUUGAGAACCGGUACCACAGCGACGUGGUGGAGCUGUUCAGGUCAGCCGGGGAGAACGUCCACCUCCGCGUUAUGAAAAAGUCUGACCUAAGUAACGGACCAGCCACCUCCAAACCUGAUCGCCAACCUUCCUCGUCUACUCUGGGAAUGCUGGCGUUAUUUGCUGGAGCCGUGUCGAUCAUUGUUAUAGUAGCUCUUUAUAAACGGCUUAAAUAGACUUUUUUUUUAGUAUAUAUGUAUUAUGUAUCUAAGCUGACGAUGUCUGUAUGUUUGGUUUUAGAAUCAAAACUUUGCUAAUUGCCAAAAAAAAAAAAAAAA